AACUAGUCCCCAAUUGGCUCAGACUGUUUAGAACAAUUUAAACGGGUUUCAGCGGGUGUUGAAAUCAAAUUGGAGGAAAGACUGACUAUUAUGUUGUGCAGAGAAUGAUAAUGGUGGAUUAUACAAUUGAAUACUUUUAUGAACAUUAUCGAAAUCAUCUGCAAUGUAGAGUGAACUGCUAUUUUAGCGAAACGAAUUGUAUUUUGUCGAACCCGGAAGAGUUUCAUGGUAGCGACUAUGAGCUCUGUACUGUCCUCAAUACGCACCCUGCUGCAGAUGUUCGAUGUGAAGAUGCAAGCGUUUGCCAAUGAAAUUGAAAAUGACCACAUGGUGUGGCUGUUUGAGAUCCAGCACGAAGCCAACCGCAUAUUCUCAAGUGAAUUUAGUGCAGAACCGGAAUUGAUGCCAAAGACUCCAUCACAGAAGAAGCGCAACUGUAGGAAACGUCUAUCUGUGGGUCAGAAUGAAAAUUGCAACAAGAGACUCUUCUCCAAGGGCAAGCGCAGCAACCUGCGUCGCUCCUCCGUGUCCACCUCCCUGAACCUGAUAGCAGAGGAUGAAGGAGGGUCCCCAGUCACAAGGGAAGAGCUGGUCAAAACCUCACGCGCUCGCAGAACCAAACAGACCACACAGCCUGAGGUGGCAUCACCUGUACGCAGCACCCACAAAGGAGCUGCUCAGACCUCCUCCUUCCAGCUGGAGGAGGCACACCAGCAGGUGUCUCGCUCCAUCCGCCAGAUCCUGGAGGAGAAUAUGGAGGAGGAGGCUGAGAGUAAGAGGGGGGAGUCCAGCUCAGACUCCUUCCAGCCCCCAUGUUUCCCACCCCAUCGCCCCCCUCCCCAAAGCCACAUAACUAAAGCCGUAGUUAAGAUCUCAGCCGCCGAGCGACAGUCUGCAGAGCUCCAGAUGAACCGCAACGCAGAGCGCUCUCCAGGCCGCGCUGCUCUCCAGGCCGCGCUGCAUGGCAGCAGCAAUGACUUCGGCCCCAGACGGAGCUCCGUGAGACACUCCCUGACUGUGCGGCUCUCCCUGGCAGGGCUGAGAAACAGCAUGACCCAGGAGUCUGUCCGUAGGGCCUCCAGGAGAUCCUUCUUGAAGAAGAAGACUCGGCUGGGCAGCUCCACCUGCAGCAGUAACGUCAGCGGGCUUGAUGGCAGCAGUAAGAAGCCACCAUCAUGUCUGGGUCCUCGUCUCAGUGCCAAGCGCAGAGUAGCAGCAGAAGCUAAAGAGGACUUCCAGACCCCCGGGAAGAAGCCUUCACCCCUCAAGAAGAGCCAGAGUGUGAGGACCAACGUGAGGUCGUUUCUCCACACGGUCCAGAAGAACCAGAUGAUGCCGAUGACCCCUGGGUCUCUGGGACGCAGCACGGUCAUGAAGUCCUUCAUUAAACACACCACGCCGGACAGAGUCGACCUCAAGUCGGGCAGUGGUCUUGUGGAAAGAGAACGCCUGAAACUGGAAGCACUGAAGAAGAAGCAAGAGCAAGAAGAGGAGGAGAGGAGGAAGAAGAUGGAGGAAGAGAAGAGGAGAAAACAGGAGGAGAUGAAGAAGAAGAGGGAGGAACGGCUGCGGAGGAUAGUCGAGGCCCGGGGGAAGGAAGAACAGAAAGAUAAGAAGAUUCUCCAGAUUGAGAAACACGACACACUGCAAGUGGAGCACAUGGCAGAGGAGAAACCCAAGCAGAAGGUGGCCGCCAAACGGCAGGACGAGCUGGAACUGAGGAGGAGGAGGAGGAGGAGGAGGAAGAUUCAACAAGCUGAGGAGGAGGAGAAGAAGCGUCACCAGGAGUUGCAGACUAAGAGGAGAGCAGAAGAAGAACAGGAGAGGACUCGCAAGAUGGCUGAGGCCCGACUAGCAAUGGAGAAAGAACAGGAGAGGACUCUCAAGAUGGCUGAGGCCCGACUAGCAAUGGAGAAAGAACAGGAGAGGACUCUCAAGAUGGCUGAGGCCCGACUAGCAAUGGAGAAAGAACAGGAGAGGACUCUCAAGAUGGCUGAGGCCCGACUAGCAAUGGAGAAAGAACAGGAGAGGACUCUCAAGAUGGCUGAGGCCCGACUAGCAAUGGAGAAAGAACAGGAGAGGACUCGCAAGAUGGCUGAGGCCCGACUAGCAAUGGAGGAAGAACAGGAGAGGACUCGCAAGAUGGCUGAGGCCCGACUAGCAAUGGAGGAAGAACAGGAGAGGACUCGCAAGAUGGCUGAGGCCCGACUAGCAAUGGAGGAAGAACAGGAGAGGACUCGCAAGAUGGCUGAGGCCCGACUAGCAAUGGAGGAAGAGCAGGAGAGGACUCGCAAGAUGGCUGAGGCCCGACUAGCAAUGGAGGAAGAGCAGGAGAGCGAGAGAGGAGAUGCUGCUGAAAGGGAUCGAGUAAAGAGGGAACAGACCUUUGCUCUUCAGAGAGAAGUGGACAGAGCUGCCAGAGAGAGAGAGAGGAAAGAGAAGAGAGAGGAGGAGAGGAGGAGGAGGGAGGAACAGCAGAGGCAAGCGGAGGAGGAGAGACACAGAGAAGCAGCCAGACGGACAGAAACGGAGGCUGCCAAGAGUCACCUGACUGCUGAAGUUCAGACGCCCGUAGGGAAGGGAGGAUUAAUCAACGUCACUGCAGAUAUCAAGCAGUCGCCCCAGUCGUAUGAGAUCAGUCCUAAGGGGGGCGACAAGCCCGUUGUUCUCAACACCAACCCCGAGGACUAUGGGAUGGAUCAGAACAGUGAGGACUCUACUGAUGAUGAGUCGGCACCAAGGAAACACAUUCCCAAAUGGGCCAAGGGCGACCAGCUGAAACAGUCCAUGAAGAGGCAAUAUUUCAACCCAACGGACGUGGACUGUCACUAUGGAGAGAUUGAACCUCCAAUGUUGAACCACAUCUUCUACAAGAACAAACCUCGCUACCUCAAACGUACCAGUUCUGGUAUCUGGUACUCUCCUCCUAAAAUGGAGGCUCUGCCCAUUUAAACACUGGGAACUGGGAUAGAAUGGGUUUUAUAUUGUAUUUUUUGUUACGUUUUGUUCUUUUGCAUGUGUUAUAUUAUAGAACCCUCUGGUUGACGGACACCUGAAGUGACUGCAGAUAAGUGCAAGAAAUGUAGCAAACCAUUUUUUAAAUAUAUAUAUAUAUAUUUUUUUUUUUAAAAUAAAUGUUGUAUACAUUUCAAAAAUUCUCUUGAAUAAAAUGAGUAGAACAUG